AAAUUCAGCUUUUGGCAAGUAAUUUCAAAAGUAACUAAUUACUGUUGAGAAAUUAUUCUAGUUGUUUAUUGCUGUCAAAACGGUUAUUAUAAGCCGAACUGCCAAAAUUGUUGAGUUAAUGAUUGGGCAAAUUACGGCUAGCCCCCUGAAUUAAUAUCAAAUUAUUAAAUAAAUCCCUCUUGUUUCGGUAAUUACAACCAUCGCUCUUAACUAUUUAUUGUAUUACACGUCCACCCUUACGAAGUCAAAAUUACAUAUUAAAUGAGGGUUUAUUUAGUAAGAUAAUACAUAAUUGAGGGUUGAAUGUAAUUUACUCAAACAAAAGGGGAUAUUCAUAAUUUGACAUUAUCUCAGGGGUCUGAUUGUAAUUUGCCCAUAAUAAUUAUAUAUAUAAAGAGAAAGAAACUGCCGAAUUUUUUCAAGUGUUUUAUUUUUCCCUCUUCAUUUCAAAGUAACAGAGCUUCUGGACAGAGCAUAUGAUCAAAUGGCAACAAAGGGGAAAUGGAUUCCUCUUCCGAGUCUACUUCAACCGCCACUGUUCCGCCGUCGCCGGCGAGGUUGGAGGCGGAGCGCGAUAAACGAGUGAAGGGGGUAAAGCACUCGAUAAAAUUUGUACAAUAUUUCGGCCGGACCACGCCGAUCGUUCUCCAAAACGAUAAUGGCCCCUGCCCUCUCAUCGCUAUCUGUAAUGCUCUUUCACUCAAGAACAGUUUGGGUUCGGGUUUAAAUAAUCCAGAGGUUUCACAAGAGCAAUUGCUUUCACUUGUUUAUGAUCGCAUGAUGCAUUCAAAACCUGGCACUUAUAAGGAUAUUGAAGAAAUGUUUGAUCUACUUCGUCGACUUACGACCGGCAUUAAUGUGAAUAUAAAAUUUAGAAGAAUUGAUGAUUUUGAGCUCACUCCAGAAUGUGCAAUAUUUGGCUUAUUGGAUAUUCCACUCUAUCAUGGAUGGAUCGUUGACCCGCAGGACAAGGAAACAUAUGCUGCUAUCGGUUCCGAAUCAUAUGACAUUCUAGCGCCCGAAUCAUUGGAAACAAAGAGUGAGCAGAAGAAAAAGCUAGAAGAUGACAACGUUGAUUUUGCCGCUGCAACAAUUACUUCAGCUCCUGUAUUAGCUUCUCCAAGUCCUUCAAGAGAUCAUUCCUUUGAUGAUUCUCGUCAUAGAGACAGAAAAGGGGACAUUGAGGAAGAAGCAGAGGUCUCAAAAACCUUGGAAUUAUCGGAGGUGGAUAGGUUUACUUCUGUUGUUAGUUCGGGAACACAUUUGGGAACAAGUGAAGAAGAUUUUAUUGAAGAAUCUGAAGAGACUGGUUCUCCAAUAUCCUCUGAUCGUGAUGACAUUUAUGAAGACGAAGAAGAGAGCAUAGUGGACUCGAUAACUGUAGUUUCUGAAAAUCGAGAGCCAGUUAAUGAAGGUGAGUCGGUUAUUUCAUUACAAACAAAGAGUGAGCAGAAGAAAAAACUAGAAGAUGACAACGUUGAUUUUGCCGCUGCAACAAUUACUUCAGCUCUUGGAUUACCUUCUCCAAGUCCUUCAAUAGGUCAUUCCUUUGAGGAAGAAGCAGAGCACUUAAAAACCUUGAAAUUAUCAGAGGCGGAUGAAAGGGCAAAUGUCACUAAUUCUGAAAAAGGUUUUACUAAAGAAUCCGAAGAGACUGGUACAUCGAGUUAUGAAAAUCAAGAGCCAGUUUAUGAAGGCGAUAGAAGGGAACUUAUCAAGAACUUUAUCAAUGGUAGUCAGUUGACUGUAUAUGGCCUAUCUUGCUUACAAGAUGAAGUGACGGAACGCGAGAUUUGUGUGUUCUUCAGAAAUAAUCAUUUCAACACUAUGUUUAAGUAUGAAGGUGAAUUAUACAUUUUAGCAACAGAUCAAGGUUUCAUUGACCUGCCAGAUUUGGUGUGGGAAAAGCUAAAUGAGGUGAAUGGCGACACUGUAUACAUGACGUGCGACUUUAAGGUAUUCAAGAUGGACGACUUUAUCGACAGCAGUUGGGAUAAAGAGAAUGCCAUGGAGUUUCCAUCCACCAUUGGUAGUUCCGAAGAAAGUUCAAGUUUCGACUCCGAUUCGCAGUUGGCAAUAGCUCUUCAACAGAAGGAAUAUGAAGAGUGCAAUUUGCAGCCGCCAACUGUUACUGGAGGCAGUUCGAGCCUGGUCACUGAUCCACCGGUUUCGGGGACUAGUAGUGAGGAGUGCACAAACUCGUCUAAACCGAAAGAGAAGAGGAGUAUGUUGUGAUUGUUAAAUGCAGGUUUCUGUACCAAGGAAGUUUUCUAAUUGCUAUAUACAUUCGUGUAUAAUACCGAUAAAUACAUGUGUGUGUAUAAUACCGAUAAUCGAGUAACAGUAGUACAUUUUCUGCUGUAAAUACAAACAUAUUUUUUUCUUCUU